CCUAUGUGUACCUCAAGAUUCCAAAAUCUCUACAGAAGUCAGAAUUAUCGUCAUAUAAAAGCUGGUGACAGGUGAUAUUUACAUACGACAGCUGACAGGAGAGCCCACAGAAGAUGAAGCUUCUUCGGGUGUGCCUCGGUGCCGUGCUUCUUAAUGUAGCACUUUGUAUACAGCAUGCAACAAUCACCAACCUUCAACCACAUGGGAUAAGGUUUGAAAUUCCAGAUGAAGGGUUCAGUUUUGUCGGUCUUCACUACAGUAUAAACAAGCCAGUUGUUGGAGUAGCGGCGGCGGAUAUCAAUGUCGACAUCAGGUCUAAAACAGGGAACCGGUUCGUUUACGAACACCCCAGUGAGGAUCUUCAUCCCGGAGACACGGUCAACUACUGGAUCCUCGGUCUGAAAAACGGACAGGGGGAGCAACUCACAGAUCAGACUUAUACAAUACCAGCUCCGACACCUAAGCCAACCACCAAACCACCUACAACUACGACCACUACACCCAAACCGACUCCUGCUGUUUCCGGAACAGGUUUACAUCAGUCUGGAACAGGAAGUGGAUCUUUUAAUACUGGUUCCGUUUCAACUGACACAUCGUCGGGGAUAAGUAAGCAUGAUCUGGACUAUCUGAACAGUCUCCAUGGCCAAUCUGGGACCGCAUCUAAUACUGGCACAAUUGGUGUCCAAAAUACAGGAAGUACAGGUACCGGAAGUACAUCUGGGACUGGAGCAACAUCCGGGACUGGUGGAUGUUCCUGCCAAUUUGCAGGUUCUGGAAGCAGUGGUCAUGCCUUACCAAACUGCCAAAGUUACCCAUGUUUGAUAUUUGAGGACAACUUUGACACACUGGACAUGGACACGUGGGAACAUGAAAUCACUGCAUCAGGCGGAGGGAAUUGGGAAUUCGAGUACUAUCUCAACAACCGGUCAAACAGUUACGUCAGGGACGGGGUGCUGUACAUCAAACCGACUCUUACAACUGAUCGUUUCGGGCCUGACUUCCUGACAAAAGGCACUCUGGACUUGUGGGGAGGUACUCCAGGAGACACGUGCACCAGUGCCCAGUUUUAUGGGUGUAAACGGGGCGGGAAUGGUGAACAUCCUAUCAACCCUAUCCAGUCAGCGAGAAUGCGAAGCUCGAGAGGCUUCAAUUUCAAGUACGGCAAAAUCGAAAUCGAGGCUAAGAUGCCAGCAGGAGACUGGAUCUGGCCAGCUAUAUGGAUGUUGCCACUGAGAAAUGCCUACGGCCAAUGGCCUGCGUCAGGAGAAAUUGACAUAGUGGAGAGUAGAGGAAACCGUCAUUAUACAGCCCCAGAUGGCACUCACAAAGGCGUAGACUCAUUUGGUAGUACCCUCCAUUUUGGACCCAGUAUUCUCGACAAAUCCUAUGAUCCAUGGCAGACGGCGCAUGUUGAAAAAACACUGCCACAGGGAACGCUUGCUGACGAUUUCCACAAAUAUGGAGUAGAAUGGACCGAAGAUUAUAUUAAGUUUUUAUUCGAUGGCCAAGAGACUUUAAGCGUUGCACCCCCGGCUCAGGGAGGAUUUUGGAAACACGGAAAUCUAGACAAAUCAGGUUUAGAGAACCCCUAUAGAAACGCUAGUAAAAUAGCCCCAUUCGACCAAAAGUUUUACCUGAUAAUGAACGUGGCUGUGGGAGGAGUGGGUUUCUUCGAUGAUACAUUGAUAAACUCACCUACUCCUAAACCCUGGCGUGAUGACAGCGGCUUCACCACCAGGGACUUCAUCAACGCGAAAAACCAAUGGUACCCCACCUGGAAUCCCACGGAGAGGAACGGAGAGGACGCCGCCAUGAAAGUGAACUACGUCAAGGUGUGGAAACUCAGUCCGUGACGUCUGAUCAUGAGUAACUUUGUUCCGUAACAUCUUUAGAUGGGAUAUGUGUUUCCUGUCUAUACAUGUAUCAUAAUAGUUAAUUAAACAAAAGGUGGAUAGAGAUGAAACUAAUUCGUAAAUAAAUACGAUUUUUAUCAUUA